AUGGAUAGGGAAAAAGAUCACCUUACACACCCAGUGAAAGAUGUUGCCGCUUCUAUUAAAUGGUGUAAGAUUAUCACCUUGGGUAACGCUCAUGUUGGUAAAACCAGUAUUAUCAAGAAUUUCUGCGACGCCGGUUUCUCAGACUCGUACCAGGCGACUGUUGGGGUGGAUUAUGGUUUCAGAAUUCAUUCUGAAGACGACACGGAAACAUAUGUUAAUAUCUGGGAUUUUUCUGGACAAAAUGAAUAUUGUGAUGUUCGUAACGAAUUAUACGAAGAAACAAAGGCGGUAUUUCUUGUUUAUGACGUUACCACACGAGCUACUUUUGAAGAUUUAGAUUCUUGGCUUAGGGAAUUUCAAAAAUAUUGUGAAACAAAGGCAAAAAUAGCUGUAGUAGCAAAUAAGAUCGAUUGCAAUCAAAAACGAGUUGUUAAAAAAGAAGAGGGUAUGAAAUGGGCUAAAAAUCAUCAUGCGAAGUAUUUCGAAACUUCUGCUGCGACUGGUCAAGCAACAUUAACUUGGAUGUCAGAUGUACCUUAUUCAGUUCUGAUUGUGUAUGAUGAGCUAUGA